AUUUAUUUAUUUAUUAUAAAGAAAUUGAGAAAGCGUAGAAAAUAUCCGAUUAUUCAAUUUAUUAUUAUACAUGUCCAACUAUAUGAGACCUAAUCCAAUUUCGGCAUACAAGAUGACAAAGACAAUAGACAGUAAAUUGCAGCGUGGUGCUCGCGCGGAGGACGCGAUUCCGGAACUGGACGAGGAUGAGGUAGCAUUGGUGGCCGAGACAUUCGGCAAGGUGCAGCUGUACCUGCGAUCCGACACAAACACAGGCUACGUCAAGCUGAACGCGCCUGGUCUCUACAGCUUUCGGCUGCCCGAAUACCCCGACGGUAAUCCAGAGAGCGUCACAUACAACGAGAAUGAAGAUGCAAGACUAACUGACAGCUGGACAAAUGAGAGCAUGGAGGAGAUCAAUAUGGUGAAGCAGGAGGACGAGCCGCUGCUCGGCUGCAUCCAGCGCGAUGAAGUGACCGGCGAGUUUUAUAUACUAACGCCCCUCGAGAUUGACGUGCUGCUGCAAUCCGACCUGCAAUCCGACCUGCCAGCCGAUGCCUGCGAGCAGGCACCGGAGCUGCCCCUCGUUGCCAGCGACUCCACAACGACCAUUACCGACCUGGACGCUGACGUCAAGGAUGCGUCGCAAACGACACUGACAGAUAAUACACAGCCAGCAAUGCCACAGGAAUCGGACGACGCUGAUACGGGUAUACUCAGCGAAUAUGAGGUAUGCCGAUUUGUCGUGCCGCAGCUAAGCCUCAAUUUCAAGCUAACACUGCAUGUUGGCGAGCCACAUGAGGAUGACGCCGACACACACGAUGAGGAGGACGUUAAAGAUGACGACGAUGGCAAUGAGAAUGCCGAUGAGGAUGACUAUAAGGACUGUGAGGAGGAGGGCGAUGAUUACGAUGAUAACGGCCAACGAAAUGCCAACGUCAAAUUCGCCCCCAGCUCCGUCCUAGGGUCGAAGUCAAUGUCCCACAUUUCAUUGUAGCUACAACUACAACAACAAAAACAACAACAACAACAACACACGCAGGAGAAGAGAACACAACACACUAACCACAACCUUAUCGCAAAGCAGCUCCACGUAACGCUAACCAAACCUGUAUCGAUGGCCCCAAUCCUGAACUACAAUUGUGCUGGUUCUAAUUGAUAAAUUUAGUGUUCUGGGUACAAGAGUUUCCUGCUCGUACUCAACACC